AUGGCAGACGACGAAGUGGCUCUUAACGAGUCACGACCACGAGACGACACCAUCAUUUCCAUUUUCCAAUUCUCGUCCCGCGACUGUCGCCUGACUUCCGUCGAUCUCCGUUCGAGUUCUAGAUCAGUCGAUCUCCACGUCGAUCUCCCGAGCUCGAGGUCUACCAAAGGAAAACUCCGCCCCUUCUCCUUCUCCCGUCGAGCAUCGGGACGAGUCUACCCAGACUCCGACGACGAACUCAGUCUCACCAUUCCAGUCUCUGGUCAAGAUGGUUUUCUGGUCAAAAUCGGACCAAACCGUAUCUCAUCCAAUCCCGUCUCCAUUCACGAGUAUGCCCAAUCUGGUUGUAAAAAACCGGGUCAAUCCGGUCAUGUUUAA